GUACAAUACCGAAAAUACUACAAAAACAUAAAACAGCUUAAUUUGUCUUCAUCAGAACGAAUCUUUGCGCACAAUUAUCGCUUACCUCAAGCACAACACCUUCUGCCCAAGACACAAACAUUAACCUUCAGUUUGCAUAUCAAUCAAACGAUUUCCCGCGAAUUCGUAAACAACGCUCUUCACGCUUCGAAACACUUCAAUGGAAAACUCAACUGAUUUCUGAAGCUGAUUUCUCAAAAAAAAACUUUUGCUCCAAGAAUUUUACUGUUAUGCACCGCUGAUUAGGAAGGGAACUAAAAUUUUUCGCCACCGGCUCCUUGUCCUUACCGCUUACUGCCGCCGUUCGACGAGUGUUUUGUAGUAGAAGAAUGGAGGCGAAAAGUUUAAAGCUUGUCGUCCAUUUUGAUGCCACCGCCACCAAAAAACAACCCCGAAACCGUCACUAGCAGACGCACAAGGCACACACGACGGACACAAGCAAUGAGAUGUCAGCUCCAUCUAAAAUGCCCUUCGGAAGGAUCCACCGAAGGAGCAACCCAUGAGGACGGUUUCGCAGCAACCAUCGCUUUGCACCUUGGCAGGACAAAUAAAAAAAAACACAAAAUUGGUCGAGCGAUCGAAGCAACCAGCAAUGGCGGUGGGAGUGAACACACAAAAUUGGCCGGUGUAAAUAAAUUUGUUGUUUACCGAAAUCAAUUCAAACAGAAAUUUUUUCCACUGCCAAGGCAAAACUUUUGCACCCGAAGCUCUUUUAAUUUUCCGUUUCCUCGCCCUACCAUCCCUGCCUUGAAGGGAUCGCUUCCCAUCUGUGGAUGGUUCGCUUUACCAUUGCGGGUAAGUUUUAUUUUUCUGUUAUUGCCCCCCCGCCGAACAAGGGAAGGAAACGAAAACAGUCCCUCUUCCCGCGUACGACCAUUCAGCAAUGGCAUGGUCAGGUUGGUUGUCCGACGCUCCGGUUUAGCACAAGAAAAAAAACAUCUCCCCGGCCCAGUGGCCAGUGGCAACGGUGAAAAACUUUUCCAUUUUCUACCCGUCAUUUUAACAACGGCGUACAUCACAGCCUACUACUGCAAGCUACGGGUGUGUGUGAAAGUACGACUCCUCUGUACUACCGAACAGCUUUUAUCCACUCUCUUUUUCUCUCCAGUUGGCAAAUGUUUCCUUCGUUGUUUUCUUUUCUACUCUCCCUUUACAUCCCCUCUGUAUGUUUUCUUUUUCUUUUUACUAGUACUUUCGCAUUUUGUUGCUUACUUUCAACUUUUCGUUGUGCCUGACGUGCUUUACCUUUUCUUUUUUUUUGUACAGUUCUAUUGCUUUUUUUCAUUUUUUUCCUCUUUCAAACCCCACAAACUCAUCAAUCUGCGCAAAGGCAAGCACGUCGUGUCUCACUUUUCCCAUGCACUCACAAAGAUCACAUUCAGUCUUCGUUUACAUUUUUUUUAUCUUUCGCUUCAGUUCAUAAAUCAAAUAUUUUGAUAAGAACUCAUUAAUUUCUGCUUGCGCAAACUUUCAAGUUUGUUCCUGCAAUUGCCAACUCCGUGGCACCGUGGUUUGCUUCACCAUUCCAUUCCGCCACUGAUUACUGGAUGAUUACUGAAGGAACUUUCAGAAAGCGCUAUUUAUUUAAAACAUUUCGAACAUUUUCUAUGAUCGUAUCGAUCGGUUUGAUCGAUAUUUUUUAAAACUUUUUGAUUUUAUUUUAACUGUGUUAACAGUAAUAUUAAAGGCAUUAAAAUGUUUCCUUU